CCAUCGUUGGUGUAAUGUCAAACGUUCGUCGAACCUUUUUAUUGAUUUGAGCAUGUUUGUGGUUCGGUUUAAUUGUUUUUUAACCAAGUAUUCAUGAAAAUGGAAUGGACGAAUAAGUUGGUGCUGGAGUUUGUUGAACUUUAUUCGAGGGAACCGGUAAUUUGGAACCCUGAACACCCUCGUCAUAAAGAUCGUGGCGCGUUGGUCGAAUCAUGGCAAAGAAUUCACAAUGCAUUAAGCGUCAAGCACCCUGUAAAAGAUUUGAAAAGAAAAAAGGAGUCUUUAAUGGCGAUUUUUCGAAAACAAACGCGAAGACAGGAAGAGGAUAAAAACUACAAAUCCCCAUGGUUUGCCUUUAAAUCGAUGAACGAAUUUUUAUCGGGCAUUUAUCAACCCAAAUUUAACCACACACUUGUGAAUUUUAUCAAGCAAGAUGUUAAUAUGACAGAUGAAGAAACAUCAUAUAAAGAGCAAACUGAAGAAGAAAUUACAGAAAACUUUGGCGAGGAGGAUCUAAGUAGAUAUGUCUUGAAAAUGAAUAAUUUUUCAGCAAAGCACCCAAACGACCCAUUGGAAAUAAUAAAGACUCGUAGUAAUAAUCUAUGUGAUGACAACUCAACUAAAAGCGACAAAGACGAAUGCUGCGAGGAUGAGGAUGAGGAUCUGAGUAGAUAUGUAUUAAAAAUGGAUAAUUUUUCAUCAAAGCAACAAAAUCCGUCUACUGCAACAGCAAACGAUCCAUUGGAAAUGUCGAAAACUCAUAGUAAUAAUCUAUGUGAUGAGAACUCAACUAAAACUGACAAAGACGAAUGCUGUCUUUUUGCAGAGUUAUUGGCGUCGAAAUUGCGGAAGUUGGAUGAAGAAUAUAGAGAUGUGGUGAUGCACGAAAUAGACAAUUUAGUUUUCAAGGCUAGAAUGCAGCAGCGUAUGCAACCGGCGCCACAGAUACGAUCUUCCAAUAUUGGAGAAAAAAGAUCACCUAAUAGCUAGCUCAUAAUAAUUAUUGUAUGAUUUUAAAUAAAGGACUUAAACUUUAUUGACGCGUCUAUCUUUUGUCGGG